UUGGUGACAUCAAUGGGGACGAGGGAUCCUGAAAGAUUACUCCAGCGUUAGUAUGACGACAGUGACCGGGAAGUAUAAAUGGAGGGCUGGGAAGUUGUUCGUUCAUACCUCAAGACCUGGCCUUCAGGGUCACAAACUGCUGUGAGACUCAAAGAAAAAAAUCUCUACUGGAGGUGUGAGGGGCUGGGGGCGCGGAGAAUUCAGAUACUUCUAAGACGGACAACAAUUAUCAUGAAGUCGGUAUGCCUCUUCAUUUUGGCUUCUCUCGCGAUUUGCAACUUCACGGUGUCCGAAGCGCAGAGCAUCUCUGCAGAAGAUGAGACGGACCGAACCACCACCAUCGACGACAUGAUCCUGAGGAGAGCAGAAAGCCUCCUGCUGAGAUCCCUUCUCAAAAAGAUGCAGGAUGAGGACGACACAAAUGAUGGGGUUUUCUCACAACAGGACUGGAUAGCAAAACGACAACAUCCAGGUAAAAGAUACAGAGAGGACCUAGAGAAGCGGCAGCAUCCGUGCAAAAGAGAGGAAGACGAGGACGAGCAGUUCUUGGACGUGCAGAAAAGACAGCACCCAGGCAAGCGCGAAGAUGAAAUCCACUCCAUCAUGGGACUCCAAAAAAGACAGCAUCCAGGAAAGCGCUUCUUGGCAGGACACAUUUCUGACAACCCCAUCAUUCUGCUUAGUGAACUUUCCAAACGCCAACACCCGGGCAAGCGUUACCUGGUGCUCCAUAGUAAGCGCCAGCAUCCAGGUAAACGCUACCAGGACGACGAGGACAGCGAUGGAGACUGGGAGACAACUGAGGAGGAAGACCUGCCUGAGUUGGAAAAGCGUCAGCAUCCCGGGAAACGGCUUUGGGAUAACUCCAAUCCGGAAAUGGGCAACCCGUGUGAUGCGUUGGAACCGGGGAAUUGCAGUAAAACAAAUAUGCUGCUUGAUUUUUUAGACAACAUUAACAAGGGUCAUGAGGAGGAGAAGAGACAGCACCCGGGUAAAAGGUUUGCACUGAAAGAGAGUGAGGAGGAUGCAAUGGAAAGCGAAUAGUGUUUGCUGUUAAGGUCUGCGCGCACUGCUUCACUGUAAAAGAAAUACAUGUAAAAAUCAAGCCACUAUAAUAAAUUACAAAAAUAAAAAAAUAGCCUUAUUGUUUAAUUUUGGGAUCAUUAUUGUUGGCAGACAGAUAUUGCAAAGUAUUUUUCUGAAAUGGUCUUUAAGGCG